CGAGCACCUAUACAAAAAUAAUACAAUAGAAUAGAAUAUAAAAUAAAAUAAGGAAAAUAAAAGAAUAUAAAAUAAAUAAUAUAAUAUAAAAUAAAAUAAAAUAAAUAAAUAAAAUAAAUAAAUAAAAUAAAUAAUAUAAUCUAAAAUAAAAUAAAUAAAAUAAAAUUGAAGGGGGAAGCAAAAGAACAACAAUAAAUUAAAAAGAAAACCUAAAAGCCUACAAGGGGGUUUUCCACAAACUCCCCCCAAACUUUGACGAGGGUGGUGUGGGUAGAAGCAGCCCAAGUGUUCUAUGUGAUUCUAUAAAUCCCCCUCCAUAGGUGCCAGUCCCCAUGUCAAUCUGCCCCAGCCAAGGUCCGGCCCCUUAAUUUCUGCAGCGCUGCAAAGUCUCCUCGUCCCUCCAAGUCCAUUUGGGGGACUUGCCCAAUAAUUUGGGGUAUGGGAGCAGCGGCGGGUUCCAAAGUCACCCAGCCCUGGCUUUGGGGGAGACGUGCCCAUGUUUAAUAAAUCAUAUUUACAACUAAUAUUUGCAACAUACCCCUGGCUCCCCACAUCUGCCCAAAGUGCCUCUGACUUUGUGUUUAACAACUCAGCAGAAGGUGGGAAAAAACCCCCAGCAAAAACUCAAAAUACCCCAAAUAAUCACAUUUCUUGCCUAAUUCCUUGAUUUUCGCCCCUUUGUGGUUUUUUUUAUUUUUUUUUUUUCUGUCAUUCCAGAAAUCCCCAUGGGGAGAAAAAAAGGGAAACGAAAGCAACCUGAAGUUGGCUUUUUCUUUUGGAUGGGGGGGGACACGCCUGGAAAUGCUCCCCAUGGCCAUGGGGCUGGGUGCUGUACCAAGUUGGGCAGCCUUAGGUGCUCUCCCCCCAGGGUCCAGCAGCUAAAGAACAUGGUGCACCCUCCCAGCACCCUCCUUUUUGGUUCGAAACUUGAUUUUCCCCCCUAGUGACACUCAGGGGAAGCUUUAACGUUAUAGAAGAUGAAUACACGAGCUGCUGCUUUUUUUUUUUGUCAGUUGUAGUCUCGUUUAUGGUUUUAUUGCUACCAUUGAUUACUUUGCUUUGUUACACAGAGGAAAAAGAGCAUAAAAUCCGUUGGCAUCCGGGUUCCUGUUAUAGCUGGGGAAAAAAUAUACACCCCCCCAAGCCUUCUUUGUCAGCUAAAAUCUUUUAGGGAUACAUCGCUUUAAAAAGAAAAGGAAUUAAGUCUAUUGAUUGAAGGCAAGACAAACAAAUGGUCUCAGUUUUGGAGGGUGCACCCACAAAGCUUCCUCUCCCCAGCACCCCACACCCUCACGAUUCGAAUCAAAACGUGGACACGAUGGAGGGGUUUGCAAACAAGCCCACUCAACACAACACACCCAGGCAGAGGAGGCCGGGGUUUCCCUGCCAGCAUUGGAUUUUAAACAGCGAGCCAGCAGGAUGAUAAAGACACCUCGCAAUAUUUACAGAUCAGCAGGUAUGUUUUACAUUUCAGGGGCAAUUUAUGGCUCUAGAUUGAAAUUAAAAUGAGAUUAGCCGCCUUCAUUUCAAUUAGUUCUAGGUGCAAUCUACUCAGAGAAGAUAGGAUAUAAUCCCUCUUUUCAUCUAACUAAAUAUUUGCAGGAGAACUUUCCCAAUCAGCUGUAAAUAUCUGCAACUCUAAAUUGCUGCAAACACCAACACGAGGUUGCGUCUCCAGCCUAGACGCCCCUUUCCAACUCCAAAUCCUCUUGGGUUUUAGUUUUCUUCCCUAUUUCUUUCCCCUUUCUGCUGUUGUUGCAAAUGUAAAUAUCCCCUAGCACUGAAAAUGGGAAACCUUGGAGGGGAGAAACGUCAAACUAGAGGAGAAAUCCAACUUCCAGCCUAACGUGAGUUUGCAAUGUUGGGUGUUGCUUUCUGGGUGUCUCUUUUUCCCCCUCUUUCCUCCCCAGGACAUAAUUUGGGAAGGCUCUGAAACACGUUUAGCAAUUCAGAAGUCGCCAUUUUUUCCCCCCCUCUCUCUUUAUGUAAUAUUUUCUCAUCAGGAACACAACCAUUUGAUUCCAUAAUAUUGACCAAUGCUACAUGAGAACAAGAAGGAAAGGGGGGGGGGGGUUGGAAAAAAAAAAGAGGGUAAUUUAUGGCUUAAUAUUCUGUGGACAUCUGAGAUUUAUUACUGUGAAUUCUGAGCUAUUUUAUUACAAGAUAUUAAGCAAACAGUUCUCCAAAAAAAUCAUCCACACGCACAUACAAAACAAAACACAAGCAACAUAACGCACAGACACACAGACGGUGCUUCCAAAGCUCAUUAGCAGCAAAAGGGGGGGCUGGGGGGGGGGGGAAGGAAAAGUUAAGCCUGGCUUAAGAAAUUGAUGCGACCCCCUCCCGGCGCAGCUGCCUCCCCACGCAGGACCCCCCCCUCCGGCCCCCCCAGUCCCGGCUCCGGCAGCUCUCCCAGCGCACCCAGCGCACCCCGGGGGUGCUGGGGGGGGGUUCGGGGGUGCAAGACUUACUUUCCAUGCCCACUUAGUUUCAACUAGGGAAUCAACAGAAGCAAAAGCAAUUUUUUCCCUUUUUGACACCCGCCUCCCCAUUGGCUCCCCCCGGGUCAGCUGACUUUGUCAUUUUGUCUGUCCUGGAGCAGAGCCUUCCCUAUAACAAUCUAGUUCAGACUACAAACUGGAGACAGAAAUAAAUAUUAAAGAAAUCACACAGCCAGGUAUAGAGGAGGAUAUGAAUUCCUAUUUUACAAACCCAUCUUUAUCCUGCCAUCUCACCAGUGGCCAAGAGGUGCUUCCCAACGUAGCCCUCAAUUCAACUGCCUAUGACCCUGUCAGGCAUUUUUCUACUUAUGGAGCAGCCGUUGCUCAAAACCGGAUUUAUUCUUCUCCUUUUUAUUCACCGCAAGAUAAUGUUGUGUUUAGCUCCAGCCGAGGACCUUAUGACUAUGGAUCUAAUGCUUUUUACCAAGAAAAAGACAUGCUUUCUAGCUGCAGGCAAAAUUCUAUGGGACAUAAUACACAGACAUCAAUCGCACAGGAUUUUACCAGUGACCAAAACAGGAACACUUCGCAAGAACAAAAAACUAGCAUUCAAAUAUACCCAUGGAUGCAGCGUAUGAACUCCCACAGUGUCUGUGUUUUCUCGGCAUCCUUAGGAGUGGGCUACGGGGCCGAUCGCCGGCGGGGGCGUCAGAUUUAUUCCCGUUAUCAAACCUUGGAGCUGGAGAAAGAAUUUCACUUCAACCGGUACCUGACCCGGCGGAGGCGGAUCGAGAUCGCCAACGCUCUGUGCCUGACGGAGCGGCAGAUCAAAAUCUGGUUCCAAAACCGGAGGAUGAAAUGGAAAAAAGAGAGUAAUUUGAGUUCGACCCUUUCCGGAGCGGGGGGGGGAACGGCCGCCGCCGCCGCCGACAGCUUGGCCAAGGAGGAGAAGCGAGAAGAGACAGAAGAGGAGAAGCAGAAGGAGUGAAAAAGUGACAGCUCGGCGGCAAACCACCCCCCCCCACUCCCAGACCCCCCUCCCCGACCUGUAUUUAUCACCGGCACAAUGUUUGGCUACGUUAAAAAAUAAUAAUAAUUAAAAAAAUAAUAAUGAAAAAAUAAUAAUAAUGAAAAAAAUAAUAAUAAUGAAAAAAAUAAUAAUUUAAAAAGAAAUUGGAGGGGGGUCAAAAUAAUAAGGUUUAAGUGGAAAUGUGGGCACCGCUACACAGCCCCCCCCCCUCCCUGUGCUCUACCCAGUGACCCCCCCCCCCCGCACACGCAUCCAUCGCCUAUUUAUCUAACUCGGGAUAAGACUGUUCCAAGCCGCACACUCCCCUCCUUCCUCCUUAUCCCUCCGCCUUCUCCCCCCCCGCCCCAAAAAAAUUGGGCACCCACCCUCCCCUAUGCCGGGUUGACGCCUCUUCCCCCCCCCCAGCCAGAGCAGCUCUUCCCCCCCCGGUGCAAAACUGAUUUUCUUCCCUGAGAAAGCUCCUAAAUAUCGCAUUUCCAAGAGCAUCCUCCUUGUAUUUAAGCAGCUACCUGGGCUCAUCACUGCAUACGACAAACUGUGACAGUUUCUGUGUGAAUAUUUUUAACUGUGUUUGUGGUACCUGUAUUUAUAUUUAUGUUUAGCACUGUAAUGUUCCACAGUAUCAAGUGAAUGGAGUUCUAUAGCGGUAGAAAAGGAAAAGAAAAAACCCUAAAAAAAAAAGAACCCAACCUUGUGUUACACCCUCUCAUGUAUAAAGGUCCAGAGGACUAUGUUGAGUAUUUAAUAAAAACUGAAUAUUAUUUUUAAA